AUGAGGGUUGAUGAGAUUCAGAUGUUAUCACAGAUGUGUUUAUAUCUCCACAAUGACUGUUUAACUGUCUUUGAUGUUUAUUUUCUAGAAAAUUUAGCACGUAGAGGAACAGCUACACAGUCAUCCACAUAUUCCUUCUUUGUAGCUCAAAAGGCUAUAGAUGGUGUAAGAUAUGGACCAAUUGAAGAUGCGUACUACUCUGUUACUGCAUAUGAAUUGAGUCCAUGGUGGAGGUUGGAUCUCUUGGAUUAUUAUGAGAUUAGUACAGUAGUCAUCACUGCUAGUUAUCCUGAUCAAAUCAAUGGAGCAGAGAUUCGUAUUGGAAACUCCACUGAAAACAAUGGAAUCAACAAUCCCAGAUGUGCUGUAACUUCAGGUUUUCAAUUUGGUCAAACUAUCAGUUACUCAUGUGGUGUAAUGGUGGGACGUUAUAUAAAUGUGGUCUUGACUGGACGUACAUCUAAUUUCGCUCUCUGUGAGGUUGAGGUCUAUGAUACAGAGAAUUUAGCACAUAAAGGAACAGUUAUACAGCCAUCAACAUAUUACAUUAGGGUAGCUGAAAACGCCAUAGAUGGAAUAAGAUAUGGAUCAGUUGAUACCUAUUGCUCCAGUACCGGACUUGAAGCUACACCAUGGUGGAGAUUGGAUCUCUUGGAUUAUUAUGGGAUGAUUACAAUAAUCAUCACUGCUAGAUCAGACGGUUAUCUUGAAGAAACCAAUGGAGCAGAGAUUCGGAUUGGAGACUCACUGGAAAACAAUGGAAACAACAAUCCCAUAUGUGCUGUAAUAUCUGGUCUUACUGUCAGUACCAGUACCGUCAGUUAUGCGUGUGAUGGAAUGGAGGGACGUUAUGUGAAUGUGAUCAUACCUGGACCUGGUCAUGUCACUGUGUGUGAGAUGGAGGUCUAUGGAAAACGUGUUUUAAAAAAAAACAUUUUGAGACUGAAAUUUCUCUCCAGUGUUGAUGCAGCGGCUCUGAGCGACAAAAUCCUCUCUCAGCUGGAGUCUGCUCUGUCAUUAUACAUCUCUGAUUUUAAACUGUCCUGGACACAACGCCCUUAUAAAGAGAAGGUGAAACAACAGAACACAGGCAAGUAUAAAGUCAUUUUAAAACUAUUUACAUAA